AAUACCCAUACACUUGACCGUUUUAUCUUUUCUCUUUUAGUUGUACACAUUUCAAAGUUUCAAUACUUCAAAUACCCAUUUCAACACACAGACAAAAUAUAUCCAAAUCAACAACUGGGUGACCCAGAAACAGAUCUGUAAAAUGGGCUGUUUUUUCGGGUGUUUCGUUUCUUCAAAGGAUAAAAAAUGUAGAAAACAGAGGUACAGGGCCAUUCGUAGAGAUCAAAAACCUCGAAUUCAGGAUAUUUUGAGAGCUGAUGAAUCUUUGGAACUCAGCAUCAAGGAAACACCUUCUAACCCGAUUCGAGAAUCAAGGGAAAAGACUGAGGCACCACCAUUGAGCUUGAAGAGGCGUAAGAAGGUGACAUUUGAUACAAAUGUCAUAACCUAUGAACAUGUUCAAGUGUAUGAUAGUACAGAAUCUUUGUUGGAAAGAAAUGAAAAAGGAGAAACUUUUCCAAAGUCCAAAGAUGAAGAUUCAGUUGCUUUGAGCACGUCGAAUUAUAGGUAUGGAAAUUGCGUCGAAAGUGAUGAUGAGUUUGAAGAUUUUGAUCAAGAAGACUACGAUUUUGAUGAAGAAGAUUAUUAUUCUGAUUGUGAUUUGGAUGAUGAUGAGGAGGUUUUGGUUCCAUCAAUGGAAUCAAACAGGAAUGCACGCGAUAACAAUGGUUAUGUUUUAUCUGUGUUUAACCCCAUCGAGAAUCUUGAUCAGUGGAAAGCUUUAAAAUCAAAAGGGUCAACACGAAAACCAUCGAAUGCUAUCGGGCAAAAGGAGAAUGCAGCUGAACCCGGGAAUCAAAAUCAAGAAACAGUCGUUGACACCAGCCUCUCGAGUUGGAUGAUAUCUUCUUCAGAGAAAUGCCAAAGAAAUAACAAGAGGGUUGCGUGCUAGCACAACAACAAUGAGGUUCUUUGUUAAAAAAAUGUAGAUUUUUGGGAUUGAAAUCUUAUCUUUUGACAAAAAAAAAAAAAAAAACCGUUUGGAUCUUUUGAGGUAAUUGGCUUGAAUAGUCAGUCACUCAGUCUGUUUGAAACUUUAAAAAGGCAAAUUUGAGAUUUUAAAAAAUGAAAUUUUAAUA